ACGCUAAUUUAAUCCAAUCGAAUAUUCUAUUGUUUGAACUCUAACUCAAGAUGGUUCUUUAGAUUAUCGGGUUCAAACGUCGUUCUAUGCGCUUUACGAUCUCAGAUAUUGUAUAUUCUUUUUGCGUUUAUCAGAUGAAUUUAUGACGAAGGAUUCGUACUUAAUUUUUCGAAAAUUAUGAUGUAUUUAAGAACUAAACCAGCGGAGGAAACAAGUUAGUCGGAAAUAUAAAAAUCAAUCGUUUACUUAACUGUUCACUGAAGCCAAGUGCCUUGAAAUAAGUGAAAGAAUAAAACGGUGCGUAAUAAAAAUAUGGCCAGUAUAAUAUAUGGAUAAGAUGGAACAUAGCACCUAUAUGUAGGUAUGUAAAUGUAAUAAGAUGAUCUCCAAAUCAAGCAAAAGUGGGUGCCGAUUGCGUAAUACAUGAAUGAGAUAAUAGCGAUACUACUGGUGCUUCUUUAUCGAAUAGUAACAAACAUACGACUAAGCGAUUAAUUUGUGUGCUGAGACUAAUAAAAUACUAUAAUGAUAUCGUGAAAUCGCGUUGGAAUUUUACAAAACGGCAUUCAGUCACGAAAGCUAAGUCGAUAUCGCGUUCCUGAACGCACCUCAGAGCUGUGUCACUGCCCGGCCGUGCUGUCAAAAUAUAAAAAAUGACCGAGGAUUCAAGAAAAAGAACUUUUUUGGGAUUCGAUUUUAGUACACAAAGGCUGAAAGCCAUAGUUAUUGGUGAAGACUUUGGUGUACUGCAUGAGGCUGAUGUGGAAUUUGAUGUGGACCUGCCGGAAUUUAGGACGGCCGGAGGUGUGGUACGUGGAACGGACCGAGGAGAGGUGAUCGCUCCCCCUUUACUAUGGGUAAAAGCAUUAGACAUGGUGAUGGACCGCCUCGUUGUGGCUGGAGUUGACUUCUCUAUAAUUGAAGCGGUUUCUGGAGCGGGACAGCAACAUGGCUCAGUGUGGUGGUCUAAGGAUGCGGAGUCAAAGCUUGGCAAACUGUCUCCAGAUGAGUUCCUACACACUCAGCUGGCAACGGCCUUUGUGUCUGAUUCUCCUGUGUGGAUGGAUUCCAGCACCACUGUAGACUGUAAGGAGCUGGAGGAGGCUAUAGGAGCUGAGGAACUCGCAAAGAUCACGGGAUCUCGUGCGUACGAGAGGUUCACGGGUCCUCAGAUCCGUAAGAUGUUCAGGAAACGGCCGCGGGUGUACCAGGCGGCUGCCAGGAUCUCACUGGUAUCGUCCUUCGCUUGCUCGUUACUGGCCGGCAAGAUAGCUCCCAUAGACCUUUCUGAUGGCUCGGGCAUGAACCUCCUUGAUAUCAGAACUAUGCAGUGGGAUGAAAAGUGUUUGCAGGCAUGUGGUGAUGAAUCUCUCUCUACUAAGUUGGGUGCCCCAGUGCCCAGUGCCACGGUGGUGGGCUCCAUCAGUCCCUACUUCGUGGGUCGCUACGCGUUCAAACCUGACUGCAAAGUAGUCGCCUUCACUGGGGAUAACUGUUCAGCUCUUGCAGGUCUCCGGCUCCGCUCCGGCUGGGUGGGUCUGUCCCUGGGUACGAGCGACACGCUGCUCCUGGGGCUGCAGGCCCCCGCGGCCCCGCCGGCCGGCCACGUGCUGGUGGGCCCCACGCCCGCCGCCCCCUACAUGGCACUGUUGUGCUUCGCCAACGGCUCCCUGACCAGACAGAACCAUCGUGACCGAUUAGCUGGCACCAGCUGGGACGCCUUCAACGAACUGCUUCGAGCUACCGUUCGAGGAAAUAUGGGGUAUAUGGGUAUAUACUACGACACAGCGGAGAUAGUUCCCCGCGCGGGCGUGGGUCGCUGGCUGGUGGACGCGGCGGGGCGGGGACUCGACAGACCGGCGCCGCAGUUCGAGGCACGCGCGCUACUAGAGGGACAGGCCCUCGCGCGACGGGCGCAUGCCGAGGACAUGGGCUUCAAACUAGACAAGUCUUCCCGCGUGAUAGCGACGGGCGGUGCGUCCGUCAACAAGGACCUGCUGCAGAUAUUCGCUGACGUCUUCGACACCCCUGUCUACGUGCAGGAUCAGCACGCUAACGCUGCGUUGCUAGGUGCAGCUAUCCGCGCCGCCGAGGUAUGGAGCAAGGAGAGCGGCAUAGCUUUACCUGGUUCCGAGCUAAAAGUAUCACCAGUGGCGACCCCAUACCCUGAUCACGACAAGAUCUACACUCCAAUGCUAGCUCGCUACAGGCAGAUCAUUGAAACCAUCCCCAAACUCGGAUAAUACACGGAGAGGCCAGCUACCAUCGUCCAAAUAUCUGCUGGACUUCACUUGGACUCUAUACUUAACCGAAUACAUAUCACAUUUUUUACGCAAACAAUUUAGUACAUGGGACUCGAAAAUAGAGGUGCUACAUGUAAUGUGCACCUCUGCUGAUCGCCUUUCCGGGGCACUAAAAUAUAUAAUAUGUAACUUGGUGCUAAAUAAAGUGCCUAUAGGUAUAAUCCCAAUUGCUUAAGGAUCUGUAGGUCUGCAAUUAAUAGCUAAUGUUAUAAUGUUCAUAAGAAAGCUUAUUUACUACAUUUUUAAAUAUUGAUAUUAAAAUUUCCAUUGGUCAACAUUUCGCUAUCAGUGAUCUCGGCCUGUUCCUUCGAGGUUUAAAAGGCGUGAUGUUAUUUAACAUUCCAUUUUAUUAUACAUCUUUUUCAUACACUUGUUGAUAUUUUUAUUGUUGAUUUUUUUAUUAAAAUAUUUCAGAAUCUUGAUGUUUGUGAUCAUAGAGAUAAGCGAUGUAUUUAUAUAGACGUUUUUAUAUUUAUUUACUUGACAAUCUCAUGGUGCUUGCUGUGCAAUAUUCCAAUUUACAUUCCAUUACAAUGUAACCACAAUAUUGUUUUCAGUUACUUAAAUAAAAUCAUGUUACUCUAUAAUUGUGAGCAGUGCAUUGGCUUUUAAAUCUGUUUAAACUUAGAGUAUGCUUUUGUUACAUUAUAUGAUUUUUUGUUAAUUUUUAUA